UAAAGGACCUGGACCACAGAGAAAAUGAGAUGAAUAUCUCUGUGAGAGUGACCUGCAAACCCCAGCAUCUUUUAGGGGUGAAGUUUGGACGUGCUGGGAUUAAUUACCCGAACCUCAAACUUGGUGCCCUUUAGGAAACAUAUUUGAAAAUGUUUCUGACUCGAAGAAAGAGACUUCACCUGAGUCGGAUUAUAUUUCUUCUCUCUGGGGUUUUCCUUUGUUCUUUAUACCAACUGACAAUUAGAGCCAGACUACCAGAACCCUGGCCAGAGCCCCAAAUAGCACAGGAACCUGAUGAUGGCUCUGGACAAACUAUAGUAGGAUUGUUGGAUAUGAUACAGGUUACUAAUUUAACUAUUGUUGACUCAAAGAACUCCACCUAUUCUGAUGAGGUUCGUCCAAAUAUGACUUUAGCCCCAACGACAAUACCUACAACUACUAAGCCACCUACAACAACCACAAAUAGGACUAUCCUCCAUUGCAUCUAUGUCGAUCCAACCCUUCCAAAACCCACCCCAGUUCCCACUCCAGCAACAGGUACUACCACUCAGGUGUCCAACACUACAGCCUCCAACCCCGGAGAAGCACCCCACAUGAAGGGAGAGUACCCGGAGGACAUCUUCUCUGUUGAGGAUCGACGCAAAGGCUGGGUUGCUCUCCACAUUUUUGGAAUGGUAUACAUGUUUGUUUCUUUGGCUAUUGUUUGCGAUGAGUUCUUUGUCCCUACAUUAGGAGUUAUCACAGACAAACUGGAGAUUUCAGAUGAUGUGGCAGGCGCUACCUUCAUGGCUGCCGGAGGCUCUGCUCCUGAACUCUUCACAUCCCUGAUUGGUGUCUUCAUCUCCCAUAGCAAUGUGGGCAUUGGAACCAUCGUUGGUUCGGCUGUCUUUAAUAUUUUAUUUGUGAUCGGAAUGUGUGCACUGUUCUCCCGGGAAAUGCUUUACCUCACCUGGUGGCCUCUGUUUCGGGAUGUAUCGUUCUACAUCAUCGAUCUCAUCAUGCUCAUUAUUUUCUUUUUGGACAACACUAUUAUGUGGUGGGAGAGUAUGAUGCUGGUGUGUGGUUAUGCUAGCUAUGUUUACUUCAUGAAGUACAAUGCUCAGAUUGAGCAAGCCUUUAAGACUCAACUCAGGAAACACAAGAACGUUGUCAAAGUCAUCACUGUGGAAGAACCUGAGAAGGACAAUGGGACAUCAGGUGAGGAUAAUAGGCCGCCUGAAACAGAAGACAGGAAUCGAUUAAAGCUAAAGCCCACACUGCAACGCGGAGGCAGUUCGGCUUCUCUUCACAACAGUACGAUGAGGAACACCAUCUUCCAGCUGAUGAUUCACACACUAGAUCCUCUAGGAGAGGAGUCAGUGUUUAAUGGAGAUGCAAAGGCUAGAAGCUCUUUGGAAUGCAAAGUGAAAUUUAAAGACAAGGCUCAGAUUUUGAACAGCAUGGCCCUGGGGAACGUAGAGAACAAAAAGAAGGAAAAAUCUGGUGAAGUCGGCGAUCAAACAAACCAGCCCAAGGAUUUAGAAGACACGAGUCCAGCAGCAAAAGAUGGAGAGGCCAAUCAGAAGACAGAGACACAAAAGGAGGAAGGCACUGCGGCAGGAGGUGGAUCCGAGAAUCCAGGAGGGUCAGAUGGCUCUGACAGCAGUGAAGAAGAUGACAGUGAUGAAGACAGUGAUGACAGUGAUGAUGAUGAAGAAAAUGAAGCCGGAGAGGAUGGGGACAACGAUGAACCUCUGUCCUUAGAGUGGCCAGACACCAGACGGAAACAGGCCACAUAUCUGCUUCUGUUGCCCAUCGUCUUCCCAUUGUGGCUCACAGUUCCAGACGUCAGAAACCCUGCAUCCAAAAAGUUCUUUGUCAUUACAUUCCUUGGCUCAAUAGUAUGGAUUGGAAUAUUUUCCUAUCUUAUGGUGUGGUGGGCACAUCAGGUGGGUGAGACUAUCGGCAUCUCAGAGGAGAUCAUGGGUCUUACGAUUUUGGCAGCAGGAACAUCCAUUCCUGAUUUAAUCACCAGUGUGAUUGUGGCUCGAAAGGGUUUGGGAGACAUGGCGGUCUCCAGCUCUGUAGGCAGCAACAUAUUUGACAUCACUGUGGGGUUGCCAGUACCCUGGUUGAUGUUCUCGUUAUGCCAUUCAUUUGCCCCGGUGCCCGUGAGCAGCAACGGGCUGUUCUGUGCCAUUGUGCUGCUCUUCCUCAUGCUCCUCUUCGUCAUUAUUUCCAUUGCUGCCUGUAAGUGGAGAAUGAAUAAAGUGUUGGGAUCCACCAUGUUCUUCCUCUACUUUGUGUUCCUGGUUCUUAGCGUAAUGCUAGAAGAUCGAAUCAUCAUGUGUCCCGUGUCCAUAUGAGCACAGCUGUAUUGCACCUGCAUGUGGUUUGAUAGUAAACAACCACUAUCUGUAUCCAUGUUGAGAUGCUCCUGUCAAACAUCUUGAACUUUUAAUGUGCAUUUAUGGUUUUCAAAGCUUUCCUGGAACUAUGGAGAACAAUAUCACUCAUAUUGUCAGUUUAUGAUCUGUGAUGCAAUAUAAUUUAGUUCAUUUUGUAUCAGCAGCGCCUUUUUUGAGAGUGCUCGAUGCGAAGUUCGUCACAACAUGUAU